AUGCUAAUGCUGGCUCACCUCUGCUUUGAUGGUUCCGAACAACCUGGACUAGGACAACCUGGUGUAGAACAACCUGGACUAGGACUACCAAGACUAGAACAACCUGGACCAGGACAACCUGGUGUAGAACAACCUGGACGAGGACUACCUGGACUAGAACAACCUGGUGUAGAACAACCUGGGCUAGGACUACCUAGACUAAAACAACGUGGACUAGGAAUACCUAAACUAGAACAACCUAUACUAAAACAACCUGGACCAGGACAACUUGGUGUAGAACAACCUGGACUAGGAUUACCUAGACUAGAACAACCUGGACUAGAACAACCAGGAAUAGAACAACCUGGACUAUAACAACCAAGAAUAGAACAACCUGGACUAGAACAACCAGGAAUAGAACAACCUGGACUAUAACAACCAAGAAUAGAACAACCUGGACUAGAACAACCAGGAAUAGAACAACCUGGACUAGAACAAUCUGGACUAGAACAACCUGGACCAGGACAACCUGGUGUAGAAGAACCAGGACUAGAACAAUCUGGACUAGAACAACCUGGUGUAGAAGAACCAGGACUAGAACAAUCUGGACUAGAACAACCUGGACUAGAACAAAACGGAAUAGAACAACCUGGACUAGACCAACCUGAACUAUAUCAACCAGGAAUAGAACAACCAGGAAUAGAACAACCUGGACUAGGACUACCUAGACUAGAACAACCUGGACCAGGACAACCUAGACUAGAACAACCUGGACCAGGACAACCUGUUGUAGAACAACCUGGACUAAGACUACCUAGUGUAGAACAACCAGGAAUAGAACUACAUGGUGUAGAACAACCAGGAAUAGAACACCCUGGACUAUAACAACUAGGAAUAGAAUAACCGGGACUACAACAACCAGGAAUAGAACAACCUGGACUAGAACAACCUGGUGUAGAAGAUCCAGGACUAGAAAAACCUGGACUAGGACUACCUGGACUAGAACAACCUGGACUAGGACUACGUAGACUAGAAGAACCUGGACCAGGACAACCUGGUGUAGAACAACCUGGACUAGGACUACCUGGACUAAAACAACUUGGACUAGGACUACCUAGACUAGAACAACUUGGACUAGAACAACCUGGACCAGGACAACUUGGUGUUGAACAACCUGGACUAGGAUUACCUAGACUAGAACAACUUGGACUAGAACAACCUGGUGUAGAACAACCUGGACUAGAACAACCUGGACUAGGACUACCUAGACUAGAACAACCUGGACUAUGGCUACCUAGACUAGAACAACCUGGACUAGGACUACCUAGACUAAAACAACCUGGACUAUGGCUACCUAGACUAGAACAACCUGGACUAGGACUAUCUAUACUAGAACAACCUGGACUAGAGCUACCUAGACUAGAACAACUUGGACUAGGACUACCUGGACUUUAACAACCUGGACUAGGGCUAUCUAUACAAGAACAACCUGGACUAGGGCUACCUGGACUUAAACAACCUGGACUAGGGCUAUCUAGACUAAAACAACCUGGACUAGGGCUACCUAGACUAGAACACCCUGGACUAGGACUACUUGGACUUAAACAACCUCGACUAGGACUAUCUAUACUAGAAAAACCUGGACUAGGACUACUUGGACUUAAACAACCUGGACUAGAAUUAUCUAUACUAGAAGAACCUGGAUUAGUAUUACCUAGACUAGAACAACCUGGUGUAGAACAACCUGGACUAGAACAACCUGGACUAGGGCUACCUAGACUAGAACAACCUGAACAAGAGCUACAUAGACUAGAGCAACCUGGACUAGGGCUACCUAGACUAGAACAACCUGGACUAGGACUACCUGGACUUUAACAACCUGGACUAGGGCUAUCUAUACUAGAACAACCUGGACUAGAGCUACCUAGACUAGAACCAUCUGGACUAGGACUACCUGGACUUAAGCUACCUAGAUAAGGACAACCUUGACUAGAACUAUUUUAGAAACAGGACAUGAACAACAUAAAUCAGAACCAAGUCCUUCCUGUUUAACUGCUCACACACUCGAUCCACCAGAAUCCAUCCAUCCUGACCAGAUUAGUUUACAGAGCCCCCACCCCCCACCCCUACAGUCCUGCUGCUAAAACCAAAUCCUAAAUCAAAUGAGUUGGACUUCCUGUGUGGGAUUAGUGUCCGUGUUGUGAGGAACCAACCAAUCGGGGGACGUCUUUGAAGCUGAAUCUGGUUGGAGACCUUGAGUCUUGCUGACAUUUCCUCCUCAGUGUGUUAGGGAUGGGAGGUGGGGCAGGUGGAAAUCACACCUCAGUGCUAAAUGAAGCCGAAAGCUUUAAUUAUCAGAACAACACAAAGGGUGACGGACAUCGGCCACAGUUCACAGCUCUCGUGUUUCGCGGCUGCACUCAAGGAGGGGUCUGGGAAAUGUGUCCAGGUGUCAGAGGAGACAAAACAGCACGCGGGAAGCCCACAAUCAGCAGAACACUCACUGUGGUCUUCAAAGGGCGCCGGCUGGUCCUCUGCUCCACAUCUACCCCUGACUGGGGCUUUAAGGGGAAAUCCAGCCUAAGACACUUGGAUAGCUUUACGGCGGCUUUGUUCAACCUCACUGCUUCUAGACUUAACUUUAUAUGAUUGCUUUGGUCAUUAUUAGAUGUUUCUGUGUAAAAGACAGACGUAGUUACCAUCUUAUCUGCUGUAGAUAGCUUCCAGGACAGCCUCUGUCUGGACAGGUAUCUUACAUCCUCUAAGACUGAUGAGCUAACAGCUAGUGCAGUGUUGCAGUCAUUUAGAGAAACAAAAAAUCUCUAGUCCUCAACAGGUAUUUUGACAUGAUUUUAUGAACCUUUAGUCGACAGUUUCAAACUCCUGUAGGAUUUCAAUGCUGAACUCACCUGAGGCGCUUCUUAUAGCUGCUGGUGAAAUUUAGGUAAUAUAAACCAAGGAGAUAAGAUGAUCCACAGAGAUUACCAGAUUAUCCAAAGUGAGAACUAAAUAAUCCACGAAAAUUACCAGAUGAUCCACAGAGAUUACCAGAUUAUUCAAAGAGAGAACUAAAUAAUCCACGAAGAUUACCAGAUGAUCCAAAGAGAUUACCAGAUUAUCCAAAGAGAGAACUAAAUAAUCCAAGAAGAUUACCGAUAAUCCAUGGAGCUAAAAUGAUCCAUGGAGAUUACCAGAUGAUUUGUGAGGAUAACAAGAUGAUCCACGGAAAUAACCAGAUGAUCAACAGACACUACUAGAAUGUCCAUGGAGCUAACAGUUUAUUGGACACAGCAGCAACUUGCUGCCCUCAGGCUGUUUGCGUUUGAAAGGUUCUUUUAUCCUGAGCAACUAGCCGUUAGCACAUCAGUCUUGUAGGUUCAGAUGUUUAUAACUUUUCCAAGGAAAUGCUCCGGAAUGGCCUGAAAGUCCCUUUAAAACAAACAUCAGGGUUUAAGGUUGACCCGUAGGAGGUAGGAAUCCAGCCUUAUUGCAGCCUGAACUGCGUCAGAUCAACGAGAGGAACAGGAAGUCCCCUCUCCUCCAUCAUAAUCAUUUUUAACGUGUAAGAUUAAUUACAUACGGAUUAAUUAAUUACAUACAUCACGGAAGGUCCUCUAAUUUGUGAGCCUUCUGUGAUGCUACAAACGAGAGGAUAAUAUUUAUGUUGAUUCCUGAGGAAAUCUCCAGCUUUGGAGACUCCAGUCAGUGAGGGGUUAAUAAAGACUUCCCGUCUGAAUCAUUCUUUUGACAUUUCCAGAACAAUUUCAACCCUCCUGUUGUGAAAGCUUUCAGCUGCUUCUGCCUGCUUUUACCUGAGAUUUAAGGCUUUAAACCCACCUGAGCUCUUCCUUUAGACUUCAUCCACCAUAGCUUGUACACAGUAACCACGUCAGGAGGUGAUUAUUCAAACUCCGUAUCAUUUUUGCUGCUAAUCUUCGUUUAGCUACCGAGUGUGCAGCAGCAGCUGUGAGACCUCCACCCUAAAUGUGAAGAACCACCCAUGAACCUCAGCAGGAAGGAUGGACCUCCUUGGUUCAGGAAGUCAUCAAAGCUCCUGAGAUCAUUUCAUGAAACCUUUUAUCUCCUUAUAUCUCCCUCCCAUCUGGCAGAAGGCUCAGAUCCAUUCGGACCAGAACCUCUCGCCACAAAAACAGUUUCUCUGCAGUUGGACUUUUGAAUGAAAAUCCUAGGGCAGCCCACUCAAGUUGAUUGGUCCCAGCCACGUGACCCGAUGCUGUGCUUGAAACAUUCAGAAAACACUCAGAUUAGUACCUACACGGGGUAGAUAGCUGCUUCUCUAAUUCCUGCCACUUUUUACAUUAAUAAUUUUAUCAUGAGUUAUUAGUUCUUAUAUUGCUUAUCUCUUAAUUUUUUUUUUCUUUCUUACCUUCUGCACCAAAAUACCGCAGCAAUUUCCUAAUGUUGUGCCUUGGCACAUAUAUGGCAAUAAAAACUUCUGAUUCUGAA